CCUCCAAAGGAAUUUAAAAUAUGGAAGUCAAACUAUGUACCACCUCCGGAGACCUACACUACUGAGAAGAAACCUCCACCUCCAGAAUUGGAUAUGGCAAUAAAAUGGUCUAACAUAUAUGAGGACAAUGGUGAUGAUGCCCCACAGAAUGCUAAGAAAGCUAGGCUUCUACCAGAAGGGGAGGAGACCGUGGAAUCAGUAUAUGUUGCACCUUAGUCUGGAAUGUUCUUUCCUCCCUCUUCGACUGGUAAACUCAUUCAUCCUUCAAAAUCAAACUUAAAGAAGAAAAAAAAAAUUUCAGGUAUCAUUUCUAAUUAUUUGCUCCUCUGUACCGCAUAUGUGCUAAUGCUGUUGAUUGCACUUAUCACCUGUAUGUGAUUAUUUUUUUAAGUGUAUCUGCUUUAUGGAAAUGGGUUCCUCAAACAGAAGGAUCCAAGUCUUCUUUAUGUUUGUAUCAUAGUUACUAGUACAUUGUAAGUAUUCAGUGGAUAAUUGUUAAAUUGAACUAAAUG